AUGUCCAAACGACUUUUGAAAGAACGCGGCAUGCUGGAGAAGUCUCCAUUGCCAUUCGUUGCUAUCAUUACUUUGGUCGGAGAGGACAUUUUCAACUGGGAAUGCACUUUGGUGGGACCAGAUGACACUCCAUACCAGGGUGGCUUGUUUGUCUUGAGCCUUUCCUUCCCUGCUCAGUACCCAUUCAAAGCACCAUCGUUGAAAUUCAAGACCAAAACCUACCACCCCUCUGUCAGUCUAGAAAGUGGAGAGAUUUGUGCCGAUGUUAUUGGAAACUGGGGUCCUACUUUGAAUGCCAAACAUUGCCUUGAGGUGGCAUACAGUUUGCUGCAGACUCCUCAAGCCGACCAUCCUGUAGAAGACGAGAUUGCACAACAACUACGGGAGAAACCAAAGGAAUUCGAAAAGACUGCCCGAAAGUACACCAAAGAAUAUGCCAAGUAA